AAAGAAAUAUCUUUGCAGUAAAAAAUAAUCGCAGGUGCACGAACGAUCGCUUUGAAAAACAUACUAAUUAAUAAUAGAGCGUAUAAAUCAAGCAAACCAAUCUUGGUUCGAUUCCACAUUCUUUCCAAAGUUUUGAAUUUUAGAAUUACAAAAAAAAAAAAAAAAAAAAAAAAAAAACUCAAAGUACAGUGUUGGUAUGGCAGAUACCACCACCUCAGUGCCACCAAGUCGAUCAAGGGACCUCGACAAACUCCUUCUCAGACCCGGCAAUCUUGUGGGUCCCAGGUUUGAACCUGGCACCGAGCUAAGAGAUGAUCUUCAAACCUUUGCCAAAGUGUUGGUGGUUGGUGCUGGUGGGUUAGGUUGUGAAUUGUUGAAAGAUUUAGCUUUGUCUGGUUUCAAAAACCUCGAGGUUAUUGAUAUGGAUCGUAUAGAAGUUACUAAUCUCAAUCGCCAAUUUUUGUUUAGACUGGAAGAUGUUGGCAAACCAAAAGCUGAGGUAGCUGCCAAACGUGUUAUGGAAAGAAUUAGUGGUGUGCAUAUUGUGCCACAUUUUUGCAGGAUUGAGGAUAAGGAUAUUGAUUUUUAUAAUGAUUUUAGUAUUAUUGCUCUUGGUCUUGAUUCCGUUGAGGCGCGGAGCUACAUCAAUACUGUUGCUUGUAGUUUUCUAGAGUAUGAUUCUGAUGACACUCCACGAGAAGAGACGAUCAAACCUAUGGUGGAUGGUGGGACCGAAGGUUUCAAGGGCCACGCCAGGGUUAUAUUGCCGGGGAUCACACCAUGCUUUGAGUGUACCAUAUGGCUUUUUCCACCUCAAGUGAAGUUUCCUUUAUGUACUCUUGCAGAAACCCCUAGGACUGCUGCACACUGUAUUGAAUAUGCUCACUUAAUUAAAUGGGAUGAGGUUCAUCAUGGAGAGCCUUUUGACCCUGAUAAUCCUGAGCAUAUGAAAUGGGUCUAUAAUGAGGCUGUCAAGAGGGCCGAGCUUUUUGGUAUUCCUGGAGUUACUUAUUCUUUCACUCAGGGUGUUGUGAAGAACAUCAUACCGGCUAUAGCUUCAACAAAUGCAAUUAUAUCAGCUGCAUGCGCGCUGGAAACAUUGAAGAUUGCAACCGAGUGCAGCAAAACUUUGUCAAACUAUUUAACGUAUAAUGGUUCAGAAGGCCUCCACACUAAAGUUGCAGAAUUUGAAAGGGACAAAGAAUGUCUUGUUUGUGGUCCUGGUAUACGUAUUGAACUGGACCCUUCAAUCACAUUACAAAAGUUCAUGGAUCUUCUGGAAGAACAUCCUAAGUUGCGAUUGUCUAAAGCUAGUAUUACACAUCGAGGAAAGAAUCUGUAUAUGCAAGCUCCUCCGGUAUUGGAAGAAAUGACACGAUCAAACCUGAGUUUAUCUCUUUUUAAUCUAAUGGGUAAAUUGCCCAACGACGUCGUGCACGUGAAUGGUAUAACAAGCAAGAAUGACCAAAAAACCACAUGCUUGAGAAAAUUACGUGUUGUUUUCAAGGGAGUUGAUGGGGUUACUGAUAUGGAUACAGCUGGAGGAGCUUAACUUAGGACAUUCUUAUAUUCUACAAUGUUUUGCUUCUUGAAAUUUUUUCUGGCUUUAUAAGCAUAAGUUAAUGUUAGAUUUCAUAGCUUGUUUCUAAUAUUGGUGAGGUAAGGUUAACUAUUUCUACAAUGUAAGUUAUUCACGGAUGACUAGCGAAUAACAUUUGAUGCUGCGAAUUUUUGCCCCACUUGGUGAUGAUUUUUGGCAGUUCCAUUUUGUCA